UCCCGCACUAACGAGCGUUGCCCCGCAACCGCCCAAUCAACAAACAUCUUUAAGCGGAGGUGUUGCAUCACCCAUCUACUACCUAGAAAUAUAUUCUUGAGCACCCGCGCAAACAUCUCUACUACUUUACACACCGCCGCAAUGGCUCGCCUACGUAACCCAAGCACUGCGCAAGCACCUAUAACAUUUCCUCCGCCCAAUAGCGCUACGCGAUCGAGCCCACGUAAAGCAGCAGCCAGCGAGUCACCCUCAAAGCGAGAACUCCGAUACACAUCUCUGGAUUCCGAAGAAUCAUUCCUCGUGCCAAAGAACAAGACAGAUGGAGAGACCUCACCGGUCAGAAAACAACGUGUGCUGAGACCGGUCGCGAGCAACAGCCGGCUGCUGAGGAAAUUGAGCGAUGAUAGCUUGGCUGCGACGCCAGACAGACGCGAACGGAGGGGUCGAGAGAGUGGGCUGGGGAGAGAAUCCGGAAGCUCCUUGUCAUACUCCAAGCUACUGGCAAAGAGUAUGGCUAAAAAGCAACAAUCGAAGAAGCUGGAUAUGGGCAUGUCGUUUGAAGCGAGCAUAAUGGGCUCGCAAAUCUUCGAGCAGCACACUAUUGUGGACGAGGGAGAUUUGGAGAAGAGUAUUCUCUGCGACGAGGCGGAAGCAGUCGGAGCAAACAAGGAGAACAUGGCAAUAUAUGUCGAUGAGGAAGAGGAGGACGAUGACGAGCCCGUGGUGGAUGUGAGACGUAGGCGCCAACAGCCACCCAAAGCUCGGCGCGUCGUGUGCGAUUCCGAUGAAGAAUCAGACCCAGAAGAGAUUCCUUCCCGCCCAAUACCCCAAAACGCCCCUUCACGAGAGCUGUCACAUGAAACCGAGAACGAGAUGCCUCCUCCACUAUCCUCAAUGAGACCCCCUUUUCAGAAGGGCCGCAACCAAAUCUCGAACUGGGCGCAGGAAGUUAUCGACCUGACAGGCUCGCCUGAGCCAUCCUUUGCCCUACCCCCUCCAGUGCGGAUGCGUUCUGCUUCCAUGGCCGCCUCCUCGCGGCCAGCUACCUCUGAGUCAGGUGACGUUGGCGCGAUCCUUCACUUUUCACCCACUCCUACCAAGCAACGGUCUCCUCGCAAAGCUCCACCAGUCUCUCGCCCAAGUACGCCCCCAGGGCCCCCAAGUCCUUCCAAACUCGUAUCGCCAUCCAAGAAAGCUCCUAUACCUAAAGCGCCCAAUCUCCGACCUAGCCUUGAUGCAUUUUGGGAUCCCGCAGUUGUGAAUGACUGGGUCGAUAAGCACUCGCCUUCAAAACCACUGCUUUCGCCCAGGAAACAGAACCUCUUCAAGGAGCUGGAGAGACAGAUGGGCUCAAUUGAUAUCUCCGAAACCGAUAGUGAUGAAUCACCUGCCUCGCCAACAAUAUCACCGCGAAAGAAGGCACCGAGUCCAGUGAAGAAGGUCAAGGCAAACCAUGAUACUUCCACGCCAGAUCCGGCAGUUCUACGUGCACAGCGCAAAGAUUUCGCAGCGCGGAAACACGCCAUGGCAGAGGAAUUUAUGGUGGAACUUGACAACACCAUCACAGGCGGCCGGAUAGCCUCACUGUCUCAAUCCACUGGCGGCAUCAAACUCAUCUGGUCUCGAACCCUUAAAACAACCGCAGGUCGUGCGAACUGGCGCCGCGAGCAAAUCCGCUGCCGCACUGGCGCCGCACCUUCCGAUUUCAAGGUUGAAAUUCGCCAUCACUGCUCUAUUGAGCUCGCGGAAAAGGUCAUAGAUGAGCCGGAACGCCUAUAUAAUGUCCUCGCGCACGAGUAUUGCCACCUCACCACCUUCAUGAUCAGCGAGGUCCGCAAUAACCCGCACGGCGCUGAGUUCAAGGCCUGGGGUGCGAAGGUGACUUCCGCGUUUGGACAGGCUAGAAACGUGCACGUCACCACCAAGCACAGCUACAAAAUCGAGUACAAGUACGUUUGGGAAUGCAUUUCCUGCGGAUACGAGUUCAAACGCCACUCCAAAUCUGUUGAUCCAGUGCGGCACUCGUGUGGUCGCUGCAAGGGGAAGUUGCUGCAGACCAAGCCUACCCCUAGGACGCCUGCUGCGAACAAGAACACUGGGGAGGGUGGCGCCAAGAGCGAGUAUCAGGUCUUUGUCAAGACGCAUUUUGCACGCGUGAAGAAGGACAUGGCGGAGCGGGGUGAGGAUACGCAGAUGGGCAAGGUGAUGGAACAUGUUGCAAGAGAGUACCGAGAGCACAAGGCGAAGAGGGAUGAGAUAAAGAGGCUUGAAUCAAAGGUGGAAGUAAGUGUACAAGUUGAUGAGGUUGAGGCUGCGUUGGAUGGGUUGAAAAUUUGA